AUGGCCGCUGCAGCAAACUCCUCAAAUAGCUCAAAAGGGUUGAAGCGUAAGCGAGAGGAAUGCCUUGAAAAAACACUGGACAAAAAAAUUCAAGAGGAGGCAGGACAAUCCUGUAACAAAAGACACAGAGAAACCGGCAAGAGAAUCGAAGCGCUGGAAGACAGAAUGAGGAAGCUGGAGUUCAAUCUCAAAGACCGUGACCUGUUGAUAGCAGAAAAUUCCCGAUUAGAGACACGUAUCCGUCACUUAGACGCAAGAAACUCCGAGUUGACGACAGAGAACUUUGAGCUGACGACGAAAAACUCCCUAUUGAUGGACGAAAACCAGUUGUUGAAAAUUUCCCUGGGAGUUCUCGACAACCUGGCACUCAUUCCAGGGUGUGCUCAAAAUCAUGCGUCGUCUUGGGCUUUACCGUGGGCGGCUGUAGAUUCCGGGGCGAGUGACCAGACAAACAUCACUGCAGUACCUACAGGAAACACUGAUGAGCAUAACGGGUUGGAGAUUCCCAAGGAGCUGUGA